UUGGUUUGCAAUUUUGAUGUCAUCAAUUUCACACCGUUCAUCAAACCGGAUGAACUGUUUCUCGUUAUAUGAUAUUAGUUAUUUUCUCGCGACGUGUUCGUAAAAGGAAUAUUACGCUGGCCACUGGUGUCUGCUGCUCGAGGCUAUGAUUCUUCUCGUUCUGUAGCUGGAUUUCUCGAGUUCGGCUUCUCGAUCGCUGUUCUUCAACUUUCCGGGAGAUUUGGUCAUUGAUUCGCAUUCUAUUACGGUAGACUGCUGUUUUCUGUUUAUUUAUCCCCUGCCCCCUCUUUCCGGCUUGCAGUCGGAGGAACCGAGAAGCUAAUCGGAGGCUGAUUUUCAGCUUGUUCGUCCUGGUGGAAGGAGACCACACCAGGUUAAGCAAGCAACAGUGGGUGCAGAGGUGGAUUAUGUGCUUGCAGUAGGAAAGUCAAAAGUAGAUCAAGAAUGGCUUUUGAGCCGUUUGUUUGGUAUUGUCGACCGGUUGCUGGUGGUGUGUGGACGACAGCAGUGGAGAAUGCUCUUGGUGCUUACACGCCGUGUGCCUUAGACUCUGUUGUUAUUGUUAUUUCUCACCUGGUCUUUCUAGGUCUAUGCAUCUAUAGAACAUGGUUGAUCAAGAAUGAUUUUAAAGCACAGAGGUUUUGCUUGAAGUCAAAGAUAUACAACUACAUGCUGUGUUUAUUGGCUGCAUACUGUGUAUUUGAGCCUUUAUUCAGAUUGAUCAGGGGAAUUUCAAUUUUUAAUUUAGAUGGGCAGGAUGCACUUUCUCCAUUUGAGGUGGUUGCCCUGAUAAUUCAGGCUCUUGCUUGGUGCUUGAUGCUUGUAAUGCUUGUUGUAGAAACUAAAGUUUAUGUUUUUGAAUUUCGUUGGACCGUAAGGUUUGGAGUUGUUUAUAUAUUAGUAGCGGAUGCUGUAAUGCUCAAUCUAAUUCUUUCCGUGAAGGACUUUUAUGAGAGAUAUGUCCUAUAUUGGUACAUCAGUGAAGUCUUUGUCCAGGCUUUAUUUGGUGUUCUUUUGGUGGUAUAUGUGCCUAGCUUGGAUCCUUAUCCUGGUCAUACGCCUCUAAAUAGUGAAUCUGUUGAUGUUGAAUAUGAAGAACUUCCUGGAGAGGAACGUAUAUGCCCCGAGAGGCAUGCAAAUUUAUUUUCAAAAACUACGUUUGCAUGGAUGAAUUCCUUACUGAAGCUAGGAUACCAAAGGCCACUCACAGAGAAGGACGUCUGGAAAUUGGAUUCGUGGGAUCGAACUGAAACAUUAUACAAUAACUUCCAGAAAGCUUGGGUGGAAGAAUCUCAAAAAUCCAAACCGUGGCUUCUUAGAGGAUUGAACAGCAGCAUUGGAGGAAGGUUUUGGUUGGGUGGCAUUUGGAAGAUUGGCAAUGAUCUUUCUCAAUUUGUGGGGCCUGUCAUCUUGAAUAAACUUCUCGAGUCCAUGCAGCGUGGAGAUCCAUCUCAAAUUGGUUACAUUUAUGCUUUCUCAAUAUUUGCUGGAGUGAUCAUUGGAGUGUUAUGUGAAGCACAGUAUUUUCAGAAUGUGAUGCGUGUUGGUUAUCGAGUGAGGUCAACCUUGGUUGCAGCUGUUUUUCGCAAAUCUCUGAGGUUAACUCACGAGGCCCGCAAGACGUUUUCGACGGGAAAGAUAACAAACUUAAUGACUACUGAUGCUGAGACACUUCAGCUAAUAACCCAGUCACUUCAUUCAUUAUGGUCAGCUCCAUUUCGUAUUAUCAUUGCAAUGGUUCUUCUUUACCAGCAGUUGGGAGUCUCUGCACUUUUUGGUUCAUCGCUGCUAGUUCUUUUGUUUCCCAUACAGACACUUGUGAUCAGCAGAUUGCAGAAACAAUCCAAAGAGGGAUUACAACGUACAGACAAGAGAAUUGGUCUCAUGAAUGAGAUCUUAGCUGCAAUGGACACAGUGAAAUGUUAUGCAUGGGAGAGUAGUUUUCAGUCAAAAGUACAAAGUAUUCGAGAUGACGAGUUGUCAUGGUUCCGUAAGGCAUCACUUCUUGGUGCGCUUAAUGGAUUUAUAUUGAAUAGCAUCCCUGUUUUGGUGACUGUGGCUGCUUUUGGAUUGUUCACGGUUCUUGGGGGAGAUUUGACUCCAUCUAGGGCUUUUACGUCACUUUCUCUAUUUGCAGUGCUGCGGUUUCCUCUGUUCCUGCUUCCUAAUAUAAUAACUCAGGUGGUAAAUGCCAAGGUAUCCUUGAAGCGUAUGGAGGAUCUACUUCUGGCCGAAGAGAAAAUUCUGCUUCCAAAUCCACCUCUAAAUCCACAACUUCCAGCCAUCUCAAUCAAGAAUGGAUGUUUUUCUUGGGAUUCUAAGGCCGAGAAACCUACAUUGUCAAACAUCAAUUUGGACGUACCAGUUGGUAGCUUAGUCGCAAUUGUUGGAAGUACAGGAGAGGGAAAGACAUCACUAAUAUCAGCCAUGCUUGGAGAGCUUCCGGCCAUUGCAGCAGAUACUAAUGUUAUUAUUCGGGGAUCUGUUGCUUAUGUUCCCCAAGUUGCAUGGAUUUUUAAUGCAACGGUGCGUGAUAACAUUUUGUUUGGCUCUACUUUUGAAUCUGCUAGAUAUGAGAAAGCAAUAGAUAUAACUGCAUUGCGGCACGACCUUGACUUACUGCCAGGCGGUGAUCUUACUGAAAUUGGAGAAAGAGGAGUGAACAUUAGUGGUGGUCAAAAGCAAAGAGUUUCCUUGGCCAGGGCAGUGUACUCCAAUUCAGAUGUGUACAUUUUUGAUGAUCCCCUGAGUGCUCUUGAUGCUCACGUGGCUAGAGAGGUUUUUGAAAAAUGCAUUAGGGGAGAAUUAAGGGGGAAAACGAGAGUUCUUGUUACCAACCAAUUGCAUUUUCUCUCACAAGUCGACAGAAUUGUCCUUGUUCAUGAAGGUGUAGUGAAGGAGGAAGGAACAUAUGAGGAACUUUUUGAAAAUGGAAAGUUGUUUCAAAGACUAAUGGAAAGUGCAGGUAAAUUGGAAGAAAAUACCGAGGAAAAGGAAGAUGGUGAAACCAGUGAUACUAAAAAAUCAACAGAACUUGCUGCUAAUGGGAUGGGAAAUGAUCAUGCAAAGGAUGCGAGUCCUUCAAAAAAGCGUAAAGAAAACAAAUCUGUUCUUAUCAAGCAAGAAGAAAGAGAAACGGGUGUAGUCAGUUGGAAAGUUUUAUCGAGAUACAAGAAUGCAUUAGGAGGCCUAUGGGUUGUUCUUAUCCUCCUCCUGAGCUAUGUUCUAUCAGAAACUCUUCGAGUUUUUAGUAGCUUAUGGUUAAGCAGUUGGACCGACCAAAGUAAUUUGGUACCUAGUGAAACUUUGUUCUACAACACGAUAUAUGCAGGCCUAUCAUUGGCUCAGGUAUUUGUGACGCUGGUAAAUUCUUAUUGGCUGAUUGUGUCAAGCUUGUAUGCUGCGAAAAGGUUGCACGAUCAAAUGCUUUCUUCUAUUCUAAGAGCUCCAAUGGUGUUCUUCAACACCAAUCCUCUUGGGAGGAUUAUCAAUCGGUUUGCAAAAGAUCUUGGGGAUAUUGAUAGGAAUGUUGCCCCUUUUGUCAACAUGUUUCUAGGGCAAGUUUCGCAGCUUCUUUCAACCUUUGUCUUGAUAGGAGUUGUGAGCACGCUAUCAUUGUGGGCAAUCCUUCCACUUCUGUUAUUGUUUUAUGCAGCCUAUUUAUACUACCAGAGCAUGGCAAGGGAAAUAAAGAGGCUAGACUCCAUCAGUAGAUCUCCUGUUUAUGCACAAUUUGGAGAAGCUCUAAAUGGUCUUUCCACUAUCCGUGCAUACAAAGCUUAUGAUAGAAUGGCUGAUAUUAAUGGAAAAGCCAUGGAUAAUAACAUUAGAUUUACACUUGUGAACAUGAGUGGAAAUCGAUGGCUUGCAAUCCGUCUGGAGACAGUUGGCGGUCUUAUGAUAUGGUUUACAGCAACUUUUGCUGUGAUGCAAAAUGGCAGGGCAGAAAACCAGAAAGCUUUUGCAUCCACCAUGGGUCUUCUUCUUAGUUAUGCUUUAAAUAUUACAUCUUUGUUGACAGGUGUUCUAAGGCUUGCGAGUAUGGCCGAGAAUAGUUUAAAUUCUGUAGAGCGUGUUGGGACCUACAUAGAUUUACCUUCAGAAGCUCCACCAAUUAUUGAAAGCAACCGCCCCCCUCCUGGAUGGCCUUCUUCUGGACUUCUAAAAUUUGAGGAUGUUGUCUUACGUUAUAGACCUGAGCUCCCUCCAGUCUUGCAUGGGCUCUCUUUCACAGUUUUCCCAAGUGACAAGGUUGGCAUUGUAGGAAGAACGGGUGCGGGAAAGUCGAGCAUGCUGAAUGCUUUAUUUCGUAUUGUUGAACUUGAAGCGGGAAAAAUAUUGAUAGAUGGUUUUGAUGUUGCAAAGUUUGGGCUUUUGGAUUUGAGGAGAGUUCUAGGGAUCAUACCACAAGCACCUGUUCUUUUUUCAGGAACGGUUAGGUUUAAUCUAGAUCCAUUCAAUGAACACAAUGAUGCUGAUCUUUGGGAAGCACUAGAGAGGGCACAUUUGAAGGAUGCCAUAAGGAGGAAUACCUUUGGCCUGGAUGCUGAGGUUUCUGAGUCCGGGGAGAAUUUUAGCGUUGGACAAAGGCAACUUUUGAGUCUUGCUCGAGCACUACUUCGAAGAUCGAAGAUUCUAGUUCUUGAUGAAGCAACAGCAGCUGUUGAUGUUAGAACUGAUGCUUUAAUUCAGAAAACAAUAAGGGAGGAGUUUAAAUCCUGUACCAUGCUCAUUAUUGCACACAGGUUAAAUACCAUCAUAGACUGUGAUCAGAUCCUUCUACUCGAUUCUGGUCGGGUUUUGGAGUAUAAUACUCCCGAAGAACUUUUGUCAAAUGAAAAAAGCGCUUUUUCAAAGAUGGUUCAAAGUACAGGAGCUGCCAAUGCCCAAUACUUACGCAGCUUAGUACUGGGAGGCGGAGGUGAGAAAAAGUCGGGAACUGAAGAGAACUAUAAGGUGGAUGGGCAGAGGAAAUGGUUGGCUUCCUCGCGGUGGGCUGCAGCUGCCCAAUUUGCUUUGGCUGUCAGCCUUGGAUCUUCACAUAAUGAUCUUCAAAGUUUGGAGGUAGAAGAUGAGAAUAGUAUCCUUAGGAGAACCAAGGAUGCCGUAAUAAUGCUACGGGGAGUUCUGGGAGGAAAGCAUGAUACUGAAAUUGAACAAAGCUUGAAUGGUUACCAAAUCUCUACCGAUGGAUGGUGGUCGUCUCUUUUCAGAAUGAUUGAAGGACUUGCUCUGCUAAGCAGAUUGGGUCGAAACAGGCUUCAAAAUUCAGAAUAUGGCUUUGAAGACACGAAGUUCGAUUGGGAUCAAAGCACUAUUGAGUGAAAUUUGGUUAGGUUAGCAUUAGCUUGAGACUUUCUUGAUUCCAAUUGUUUAGCUAAUGCUGUUUCUUUGCAUUUACGUGGCCGUGGUAUAUAAUGGCUCUGGAUUUUGCACUAAAUACAUUAUUGCGGAGGAAUUAUGUAUUGUUUAGACAGUUUCUUUCU